ACAUGCGCAGUCCGGUGGCAAGGGGACGUAAUCCGAUGACCAGCAAUCCCUGGGAUCACGUGGGUUGGUAGCGACAGAGGAUGCAUCGGGGCGGCGAAGUUGAGGGAUCCCGUGGUCGUAGGUGCCCUGGUUGAAGGAGCUGGUCCGAGCCGUGUUCAUCGUGCGGUCAUACUGGAAGCGAAGGAGCCUCCGGGAAGGGACCAUCAGGCCGCACGUCGGUGAACUGUAGGACGCAGAACCAUAUCAGUGCCUGCACGACGAAAAGGCGCCGUCGCAGGGCGCAGCACCACUCGCCACGACGCAUCUUUGUGCCGAAGAAUAAAGACCGGCAGCCAACCAGACUGAUCCGUCGCGCAUUCACCUCCCAGUCACCAGAACUCGACCUUGCAACGACGUCGUUCUGUCAGCUCUUCCGGAAAAGUCAAGGGGGUGGCGGUUGCAAUCCGAGAAGCGGCUUCUUAAAAAAGCGCACGGCGGCUUCAGUGACAGUCGCGAAAGCGCUACCCAUCGCUCAACAUCGCAGGCCGCGUGGCAACAGCGCAGCCUCGUGGCUUACACGCGACACCGAAGCCUGCAGUGACGCAGCACCGUUGACCGAGCGACCGUAGCCAGCGUCGUCCAGCCAUGGGCUACAUGGGCCUCGAACACACCCCGCUGUUCGACCUCGUAGAGUUUCUCGAGAAGGCCCGGGAUCCGCGGACCGAGGGCUGGCUCUACGCCGGCAACCCUGUGCCCAUCCACCUGAUCAUAGCGCUGUACGUGUACUUCGUCAAGUUCCGCGGGCCCGAGUGGAUGAAGGACCGCAAGCCGAUGGCCCUGGUGGGCGUCAUGCGAGUCUACAACCUCUGCAUGGUGGCGCUCAACUUCGGCUUCAUGGUGUUCUUCUUCAAGAACACGUACCUGCGCGGCAACUACAGCUGGCUCUGCACGGGCAUCGAAUACAAAAGGACGGAGCAGUCCAUGACGGUGCUGAACGGCUGCUGGUGGUACCUGCACGUCCGCAUGGCCGAGUUCCUCGACACCGUGUUCUUCGUACUGAGGAAAAAGAACUCGCAGGUGUCGAAACUGCACGUCAUCCACCACUGCAUCGUCGUCUGGAACGGCUGGGUGGGCCUGACGUACGGUGCCGAAGGCCAGAUCAUGAUCUGCAUCUGCAUCAACUGCCUGGUGCACGUCAUCAUGUACUCGUACUACUUCCUCUCCUCCUUCGGGCCGGCCGUGCAGCCGUACCUGUGGUGGAAGCGGUACCUGACGCAGAUGCAGAUCGCCCAGCUGGCCUUCUUCGUCGUGUACGCCAUCGUGCCCAUGGUCUACGAGUGCAACUACCCGCGCGUCAUGCUCUGGAUCGGCUUCGUGCAGGCGCUCCUCCUGCUCGGCCUCUUCUGCAACUUCUACCUCCACGCGUACAAGGGAGGCAACAGGACGCCGCAUUCGCCCGCGAAGCAGCGAGUCGAGUGAGCACUUGCGAAGCGUAGUCGUGGUAUGGAGGCGGAACCAAGAUUUUUUUUUUUUAUGUGUCGCAUACGUUUUCCAGUGCCGCCGCCAUCAGUUUCACGUACUUACAAGUGCCUUGACAAGCUCGUAAGUCAGUCGUGAGUGGAGUUCUGGUUGCGGGAUGUCCUUCGUGUCCCGGCCGUGCAGUUUCGUCCACUUGUGUACCGUUUUGUGAGUGGUGUGACGACGGUGACAUUUCCACCAGCUUGUGCGACAAGUUAACCGACCACGCGGUCCGCACUCGACGCCGAGCUGUGACGCGGAGCACCUGCAGGCGACCAUGCUGUCUACGACAGAGGCGACGCAACCGAUCUCCACGAAGAAAGCAGGAAGCGUCGGCCGGCCGACGUUUCGGACGCGACUGUGGCCACCAAUAUAUAUAUGCCCCACCGCCCAUGUUCUGAACUGAAUAACGCUGAACUUUCGGCGGUGCACCGACUGCGCCUGUGCGUACAACGCGAGUGCAUUGCGGCGUUUCCUGCUUUUGUGACGCCUUUGCUUGCGAGGCAAGAAUAAAGUAGGUCUUUUUAUCGA